CGCACUACACUCUAUCUAAACAUGAAGUUCCUCAUCGUUUUCGUCGCCCUCUUCGCUCUGGCUUUGGCAGCUCCUGCGGAAGAAGUCAAAACCCUGAAAUUGGAUUCUGAUGUUGGACCCGAAAGUUUCAAAUACGAUUGGGAGACAUCUGAUGGUUCUGCAGCCAAUGCAGCCGGUCAGCUGAAGAACAUUGGAUCUGAGGAUGAGGCUAUUUCUGUCCAAGGAUCUUAUAGAUUCGUCGCUGAUGAUGGUUUGACAUACGAAGUGACAUACAUCGCCGAUGAGAACGGUUUCCAGCCUCAGGGUGCUCAUUUGCCAGUGGCCCCAGAAGCUUAAACACC